GCUCCAGGCAUUCAGGCUGGCUUGGACUCAGGUCCUGCCGCGCCAACGCCAGAAAGGCUCAGAAAGCGAGCCCUGGUAAUUCCACCACUCAUCAUGGCCAGCCAAUUCUGCGUUCCUCUAGCCCCACGCCUCUCACCCCUGAAACCUUUGAAAUCCCACUUCACAGACUUCCAGGUGGGCAUCUGUGUGGCAAUCCAGCGCAGGGACAAACGGAUCCACCUGGCUGUGGUCACAGAGAUCAACAGAGAAAACUCUUGGGUCACAGUAGAGUGGGUUGAGAAAGGAGUCAAAAAGGGAAAGAAGAUCGAACUAGAGACUGUAUUUCUGUUGAAUCCAGCUCUGGCCUCUGCUGAACACCAACGGUCACAGAGACCCCUGCGCCCGGUAUCUGCAACUCCCUCUACUGCCAUCGGGGACCAGCGAACAGCCACCAAAUGGAUUGCGAUGAUCCCACACAGAAAUGAAACACCAUCAGGGGACAGCCAAGCCCUGGUGGUCCCCAGUAACCCUUGUCUGAUGAAGCGGAAGAAAUCCCCCUGCCUAAAGGAAAUUGAAAAGCUGCAGAAGCAGCGAGAGAAGCGCAGGCGACUGCAGCUAGAGAUCCGAGCUAGACGAGCGCUUGACAUCAACACUGGAAACCCGAACUAUGAGAUUAUGCGUAUGAUUGAGGAGUACCGCAGGCAUCUGGACAGCAGCAAAAUAUCCAGCCUGGAGCCCGCAGAAGACCACCGGAUCUGUGUGUGCGUGAGGAAGCGCCCUCUUAACGAGAGAGAGAACACCAUGAAGGACCUAGAUAUCAUCACUAUCCCCUCGCACAACGUGGUCACGGUGCAUGAAUCUAAACAAAAGGUGGACCUAACCCGAUACUUGGAAAACCAGACCUUCUGUUUUGACCAUGCUUUCGAUGACACGGCAUCCAACGAGUUAGUUUACCAAUUCACUGCCCGGCCUUUGGUGGAGUCCAUCUUCCAAAAGGGCAUGGCCACUUGCUUUGCCUACGGGCAGACUGGGAGUGGAAAAACCCACACCAUGGGUGGAGCCUUUUCUGGAAAGGCUCAAGAUUGUUCGAAAGGCAUUUACGCCCUGGUGGCUCAGGAUGUCUUUCUCCUACUGAGAAACCCUGCCUAUGAGAAAUUGGAACUCAAAGUCUUUGGAACAUUUUUUGAGAUUUAUGGUGGCAAAGUCUACGAUCUGUUAAACUGGAAGAAGAAGCUUCAAGUCCUCGAGGAUGGAAAUCAGCAAGUGCAAGUUGUAGGGCUGCAGGAGCAGGAGGUGUCAUGUGUGGAGGAAGUCCUGACUCUGGUGGAGCUCGGAAAUAGCUGUCGAACUUCGGGACAGACUUCUGUCAAUGCCCACUCAUCCAGGAGUCACGCGGUGUUCCAGCUCAUCCUGAAGUCCGAAGGGAAACUGCAUGGCAAGUUUUCCCUUGUUGACUUAGCUGGGAAUGAAAGGGGGGCAGAUACUGCCAAGGCCAACCGAAAGAGGCAGCUAGAAGGGGCUGAAAUAAAUAAGAGUCUCCUUGCCCUGAAGGAAUGCAUCAGGGCCUUGGGUAAGAAUAAGUCCCAUACCCCAUUCAGAGCCAGCAAACUCACGCAGGUGCUCCGGGACUCCUUCAUAGGCCAGAACUCCUCCACAUGCAUGAUUGCUACUAUCUCACCCGGAAUGACUUCGUGUGAAAAUACCCUCAAUACUUUAAGAUACGCAAACAGAGUUAAAGAAUUAGCCCUAGAGGCCAGGCCCUACCAUCAUUGCCUCUCUCCAGCUGGCCAUGAAGUACCAGUAAUGUUAGAAAAAGACAACACGAAUUCAGAAAAGUCCCUUCAGGGGGAAAAAUUUAUUCAAAUACCUACUGUACAGAGUGAGAAAGAAAAAGAAAGUGAUGAAAUCACACUAACAAAGGACCGAGCCGCUUCAUGGAGAAGACCUAGCCAGUGGUGGGAGGCCAUCCAGGAGACAGCUGAUGGAGUAAAUUGCGAUGUGGAUUUUUGCAUUGCCCAGUCACUGUCCAUUCUGGAGCAGAAAAUCAGUGUGCUGACUGAGAUCCAAAAGAAGCUCCAAUUACUACGAGCUGACCUCCAAAAGAAAAAUCAAGUCGAGUGACAGUGAAGGCCGGAGAUCAGAAAUGAAGUCUUGGAUCUAGUUCUGAAGUUUCUACCUAUUAUUACAGGAGAAAUCUGUCCAAAUUAUCUAAGUAUAAAGGUCCCCUGAAGAGCUUACAUCUUAAAUCAUCCUCGUCAAAAAUAUGUGGUCUUUUCUUCUUC